AUGUCGACGUCUGAUUCUUCUCCUUUCGGCGGGCCCAACACCUUUGCUUCUGAAAUGUUCAGUCUCAAUGGUGAAUUCGAGUACUUCGACCCCGACGACAACCAGCAGGUCGAUGGCAAUGGUCUCUUCGACUUGGCUGCGGUUGAUUCACUCGCGCCCGGUUUCGCUGAUCCAAAGAACCUGCUUUCUGGGCCUCAACACACGGAAGGCCUGACUUCGACAGGGGUCAAGACGGACUAUUCGCCGCAGUCGCAUCGUGGCUCUUCGUCCUCGUCCUCGUCGCAGAGGAGUAACAACUCGAUCUCUCCCAGAACUAGUCGAUCUUCGAUAGACGACACGACGAUGCUAGAUGCCCCCUUCCCCCAGUGUAAAUUCGAAACUGGCGCUACGAACGGUGACUCAAGCUUCCCUAUGUUCGGCGCCCUAGAUCCCGCGACGCUGGACAUUACGGACAUGUCCAAGGUAUUCGACUUCGAGAGCGCCUCUAGCAGUCCUAGGGCCCCUAUCAUGAAAAGCCAGUCGCCAGGAACCCCGAUGGCAGGACGCAAGAACCUGUCAAAAGGUUCAGUCGCUAAAAGGGUCAAAGGCCAGAGAGCACAGCCGCAACCAUCGUUAAAGCAGUCCAUGUCUCGGCUAAAGACCACUGGCUCUAGGGAAGUCCCGCCGGCAUCAAAUCUGGCGGUUGGCCGAGAACCAUUGCCGACGACGGCGUUCACGCAAACAGCUGCACCUGGCAACAAAGAUAAUAUCAAUGGCUCACGAGGGCUCGUUAUGAGCUCGGCCUGGCCGUCGCUGAAUUCCAUGCAGCCCAAUGACCACCUCAUGCAAGCCCGGACCAAUUCAGCAGGCAUGCCAGGCCAAGCGCAUGGCCUCCCAACAACCUACCAUCCGCAGAGAAGCUUCCCCCAAGGUCUACCGCCGAGACUAGUUGUCCAACCUACGCCGCUCAAGUCUCGAGUCGAGACACAGAUUCCUAUCAAGCUCACCAUACACCAUUUGCCGCAGGGGAUCAAGAGAAUUCAUCUUCCGAUGCACACCAUAUCCAAGCCUAAGCUGCUUGCUAAGCCCGCGGCAGUGCGCUCUGCUGAUAUGCUUGAGCUUUACACGAUGCUUGUCUGUACCAGCGCGAUGCAGGAUCCGGCCAAGCGGGACCGUGCCUUCAACAAGGCAGCACUAGCUCAGCAUGACUACUCUCGCCCAAGACGGCCGGAUGACGGGAUCGAAGAUGAGGAAAACAAGCCACAGAAUGGCGGCGAGGUACGCAUCUGCCAGGGCUGUAUCACCCGGGAACGUAAACGCGCCGGUCGGAAGAAGCACAAGAAACCAGAGGAGGAGGAGCUGUGGAACAACUUCGAGAACGAGCGGGUGAUUGUUUUCAACACGCUAGAAGUCAAGGAGUGGCAGGCUGUGACGCCUCUCAUGGCUGAUCCCACGGGGGCGGGACUCUCCAGUCUCUCCGUCCCCGAUGGGACCGUGCAGGUAGACGCUCCAAUGCGUAUAGCCUGCUAUUGCCGUCACCACAGCGAGAAGCAGGGGUUUCAGGUUAUUUUCACCAUCAAAGACUACCAGGACAACGUUGUCGCGCAGCAGAUCUCAUCAUCCAUCAUGAUCACUGACGAUCAUAAGACACACCUUCCAAUCAAUGCCAUUUCACAACCCACCAACACCCCGACGGCAGUCGGACUCCCACCCGCACCUAUGAUGCCGGACGCGAAACCCGUGGAUGCCUCUCUUCCCUUCCGCCAGACGCACUCGACCUCAGAUCUUCACCAAGGUAUAGGACACAAUGCCACCUUUGGAUUCCCUGCGAACCCGUCUGUGAACAAUUCGCAGGUUGCGUCGGUUUCACCGACUCCGCGUAACUUGUCACGGCAAGGCUCCCCUACCACUCCUUCAGGCCCAGUGUCGAAGAAAAGAAAGGCCAGCGGGUCUGCUAAAGUGCCGAGUGGUCUCGCCAUGACCAGACUUGAAACUAGCCAACCUCCAACUUCGAUGCCUUCCAACGUCCAGACUGAAUCUGCUGUCACCUCUGCAGCGAAUUCACCCUUCUCGCCUAAUCUCGCAAACUUCCCGAUGAGCACAGAUUCAUUCUUCUCUCCUGGACAACCGCAACAAGUCCUCGGCAAUAUGCCACAACAGUUCGGCCAGGGACCACCGACCCCAAACAGCAAUGCAGAUCAGCUCAUUUUCCCGUCGGCAAAUCACAGAGCUUUGAGCAUAGACAAUCUGCCCGUCAACCAAAUGUUCUCCGCACCGGCGUCGGCGCAUCCUAGUCGGCCGCCCAGUCCGAAUCCGCUGCGGAAUGAGCUGCAGAACAUGCACCAUCCGCAUAUGGGCCAGGGUCUUCUCAAUGCGUCCAUGGGCUUGGCCUCUGCUCCGCCGCCUACAAUCUUGAAGGUCAUCCCUGGAGAGGGGCCGAAGUCGGGCGGCGUGGAUGUGACUAUCCUUGGCCGCAACUUUACGAAUGGAGGAUUGGAGGUUAUGUUUGGUGAACACAAGGCAACUACUACAACUUACUGGGGCGAGACAUCCUUGGUCUGUUUGGUUCCCCCUUCGCCUAUUGCUGGACAUGUCCCAGUAACCAUCAGAUUUCCUGGUAUGCCUGCCCAACAUUUGCUGGGCGGUAAUCAGCAGCAGCACUUCUUCCGAUAUGUCGAUGAUGACGAAGAUCGCCUGAUACGAUCCGCGCUUACAGUUCUUGGAAGCAAGGUUGGCAGCGGCGACAUUAAUGAUGUUGCAGAUAUUGCGCGUAGCAUCAUAAUCGGUGCACGUGGAGGUGGAUCGUGGGGCUCCUCUCCGUCGGGAUCCGGGAACCAAGCUCCUGGAGGCAGUUACAACAAUAUUGAACAGGGCCCCCAAAACUCGGUAGAGUCUGGGCUUCUUCGCGUGCUCGAGCUGAUCGAUUUGGAUGACAGCCCCCGCAAGGCUCGCAUCAAUCUGAGGAGAUCGAGCGGACAGACCAUGCUUCAUCUUGCUUGCUCUCUGGGUCUCGUCCGGUUCGUUGCUGGUCUGCUGUCGCGAGGUGCUAGUGUUAGCAUUCAUGACAAGGGAGGCUUUACGCCCUUGCACAUGGCGGCGAUGAACAAUCAUCCGGAGAUUGUGCGUCGUCUGAUCAUGAAAGGGGCUGAUCCGAGCAUCCGGACGCUGUCUGGUCUCACACCUGCCGAUGUUGCCCGCUCCAGCGAUGUCCUUCGUGUAUUACGCCGCAUCGAAAGCCACUCACGAUCUCGAAGCGGUGGGUCCCUUCACAGCAGGGUGAGCAGCGCGAGCUCUUUACGGUCUCUGUGGGAUCAGCCACCCAUGAACUCAGCUCAUCGUGAGGAGUUCAUGUCAGAGGGCGCGUAUUCGACUAGCGAAGACAGUGAGGGAGACUCGGCCGAAGAUAUCAGUAGCGGAGAAGAGGGUCGCAACUGGCUCGACAUGAGACGGCCAAGCUUCCCCGUCAGCCACCAUCGCUCUGGUGGUUCUGGCCACCAAGCAGAUGAUGUGCAUGCGGGUCCGGCUUCGCCAGGCGCGGCCAUGUCAGCUCUCCGAGAACAAUUUGCGGCGCAAUUCCAGCAACUGCAACACUCAAUGACGGUACAUCUACAGAACCUGCCACAGUUCCAGAUGCCCAACAUGCCACAAAUGCCACAAAUGCCACAAAUGCCACAAAUGCCAAACUUGCCAGUAAUGCCGGUACUGCCGGUUUACCAAGCCUAUCUGCACACGGCUCCAGUGAUGCAGCGUAUCAGCUCCUUGGUCCCCAACAUCCGUGGCCAGCGUCCUGGAUCAGCAGGUGAUCAUACGUCGAGAUUUGCAGACAACAGGUGGUGGGAUCUCCCAUUCUUCGGUGCCAAGGACUCGCCUCCACCGGCCUAUGAGGACAUAUUCCCCCAGAAGGAUAUGGACACCAAGCAAGCCUCAGCUGCUCAGGCAGCUGUCGAGUACGAAGCCGAUGCCAAGUGUGCGGCUCUUUACGACCAGCAAACCUCGGAGUCUUCGCAGUCCAAAGGCGUCCCAGCCAUGCUCCAGAUCGGGCGCAAACACCACAUCACCAAGGAGCAGCAAGAGAACCUCCAACGAGCCCAUGCGCAGAGGCUCAAGACCGGCAGCAGUGACAAAAUGCUGUGGUUUGUCUGGAUUCCGAUUCUUGUCUUCGUUCUUGGUGCUAUGGUCCUAAACGGCGCUCCGUCGUUGGCUUCAGGCACAGCGAAUGCGGCUAAGUCGUUGGCCAGUCUAGCUAGCGAUCCGAAAGAUUUGGGCGAGCGAGUCAACAAAUUCGUCCAGGAGUUGGUGGUCUGA